AUGGGGGCAGUAGCUAUCUGGUCCAUGCACUUCAUUGGCAAUCGAGCAAUUGUGAUGGCCAAUGGUAAACCAGAUAAUCAGAUCCAAUACAGCCCGGGCUUCACUGCUGGUUCCUUCUUCCUACCAGUCUGCGUCGUCGGUAUAGCUUUCUACUUCUUCAGCGUCUCUGAGAAAGUGAGCAUACUGGGAACCAUGGUGGGAGGACUUCUGGUCGGUUCGGCUGUGUGUGGAAUGCAUUACAUGGGUCAGAAAGGUAUCGCCAAUUACACCCCGUCCUACUCAUGGAGACAUGUCUUUGGGUCCGCCAUUAUUGCUGUGGCUGCAGAUACUAUUGCUCUCGGGGUCUUCUUCUACUUGAAAUCAACUUGGACGAACAGUUGGUGGAAGCGCAUGUCUUGUGCGUCCCUACUAGCAGUGUCGGUGUCUGGGAUGCACUGGGUAGCCACUGUGGGCACAGCAUACCGAAUGAGGGCAGACAUGAUGCAGAACACGAGCGGGCUCUCGAGGGAAGCCACAGUUGUAGUGGUGAUCUGUUUGGUGCGAGCAGUCCACACCUGUCUCAUGCGGUCAGCGGACAGAGCGCAGCAAGUCGUGUUGGCAUGCGCGACAUUUGACCCUGAAGAGCGACUCAUGGUCACACCAGAAGGCUUAUUGCCCUGUUGCAAGAUCACCGGUUCAUACCACGAACGGUACCCGAAGUCUUUCGAGGAAGUUUUCGAUAUGGAUCAUCCAGUCUUUUGCUGGAUCUAUCGGGCGUCACGUUGCUGGUAUGGAGUAUCGGAUCUUCUUCCAGGCAUGCGCUCACGUCUGCGCGACGGGAAGCCUUUCAAGCAUUCGCGGUACCGCCGUAGGGCAGGAAGCGUGGAUGACAGCACAGGAGAUUACUCUACGCUUUUCAAACAGUUGUUCUGCGUUGCUGCAAAAGACCUUGCUGACAUUGUUCAGCUGCCGCUAGAAGAUGUCGGAGUCUUGGAUGGGACUAUCAUGAACACCGGUACACUCAGCAAAUCCGCGAGAUUGAAGCUCUGGCAAGGACUACCAACGCGGCAUAAUCAGCUUGACGGCGCCGAGAAAGGCCGAAUGCCCAUGAUCUUUGGACGUGGACAAUUGCUUUUCCUUGUUCGUAGAGCAAGUCGCUCCCAGGCAUCGCAUCUACAAUCCACUGGUUAUCGGUUUGCUACUAUCUCAAACGUCAUCGAAGUUCUUGCUCGAAGUAUGGAAGUUACGAAAGCGGAACUGCUUCCUCAGCUUAAACGCAUGCGAGAUCAGUCGGAAGCUGAGCGGCUUCUGGAGCCGGGUGUACAUCUGGGCUGCUUCGCACUGCGCCCGGUCUUCCAUAGGGGUUUCGACGUCCUUGUUCGCAAAGAUGCCGGUAAUCUGAUGCCCACCUCCAACUUGACAAAGUCGAAGCUCGAGCAAUGGCAAAUUGACGUACUCCAACGAAUGGAUAACUGGACGGUUGCAACGUGUUGUGAGAGACUUCGGAGAGGAUCAUUAUUCGCAGACCCAAAGCAGCAACAAUUUUCCAGAGAGCUGUUGGAAAGUCUUACGGUCCUCGCCAGCAGGGUAGACAGCGCUUUCUUCGAGGAGGCGCGACUUGUGGCAACACCUCUCCGAGCACCUUGUGAUGUCUCAAAAGGCAAUUCGUCAUCGCAAGAAGCAUUCGUGGUCGCCUUUAGGGUCAUUACAGAUGCGUAUCAAUCCAGCUCACUGAACAACCGAUACGAGUUCGCUUCGCUGAGGUUCUUCCUCUCCCAGCAGCAUGCACACCGGGAUAGCGCGGAUAACGCAGUGUUUGCCCGCAGGAUGCACAGGGAAUUUGCCGCAAUUGCAAGCCGCGAAGACUGUGAUAACAAUUCAUUAAGAUGCCCACGCGCCUCUUACCAUCCCUCCUUGGAUCCACCCUGUGGAAACAAGCGAAGCAGGACACCAUCGCCUAAUAGAAACAAGAAAUGGACGUCUCGAAUUCGCGCGAAUGGCAACAAGGUAAAUGACGACAACUCCUCAGAGAAGAACCUCGUGAACGGGAGUCCAAAGGCGAGUGCGCGUGCCUUUGGUGAAAUUCACGUAGCAAACGAGAUCGAUAUCGACGUCAGAGAAGUCACAAGAAACAGCCACACCCGGGAUGUGGAGAUGAGCAGCCUCGGAUGCUAUGCUGAAGCUGGCGUGGGGGAUAUCGAGGGAGAAUCUUUUGCCGACGAGCUGGCAGCGUUGACAACGGACGAGCGAAGAAAGCAACGCACGACAGGAUUUUAA